UCGACAUGGGUGUACAAUAAAAAGGUUGUCAUCUAUUUUGCAUAAGAUAUGAUGCCCGAGAAGAAAGAAUAGCAAUAUAAAGAAGACAAUAUGGCUUACUUUACUUCCCUUUGGCAAUCAAGGAUCAUAGAAAGCCAUAGACUAGAAUAUGAGAAUGAAAAGUUUAGUUCUUUGUUAAUAUCUAACACAGAAAUUCCCCGCAAAACCGUUAUGCAAAGAUGGCGCCUUUACGGUCAUCAUACGAAGCGACGUAUGACUGGAAGAUUGAAAAAAUGGUUUCCAAAAGGCUCUUCCGUAUCUAAUCUAUAUUAUUACUUAAAAACGGAUCAGACAUUUCCUAAUUUCGUGCUUAAGAGCAUAAUUGGAUUCCUCGGCGGCAUUGUGCUUACAUAUCUCUGCUUUAUGUUCUUUGUAUUCCAAUUGUCAAUAUCUCUGAUACACGCCACUAUCAUGAGUUCUAUUGUUGGCGUUUUACUAACACUGGGCUUGGCGUUCAGUUACAGAAUAAGAUGUCUAGUAUUUCUUCUUAUACCGCAAUUCUUUUCACGAGUCGGCCGCUACACUCUCACGUGCUACGCCCUUAUUCUCAUUUUGACAGGACCAGCCACUAAUACGUUGAGGAACUUUGAAGUGCUCUCAGAAUCGAUGGCUUGUAGUCAGGAACAAAUAAAAUCCAGCGUCCGAUUGAUAACUGAAGCUAUUAAAACCCCUUUUAGCUCGAUGAAGGGGUCCAUAAAAUUAAUGGUCGAUAAAAUUAAGAAGGUCACAUCCAGAAUCGACGAUGUGGUAUCUAAGAUAGGUGUUUUAGUGACGAGUAUCGGAGAUGAGAUUCAAUCAUCAUUAGACUGGUUGUCAUAUGUCGUGGAUGUUUGUAAUCGUAAGUUUGGUACACCAAACGAUUAUUGUGUGAAAGUUAUGGGCACGGGAUUGGAUCACUGUAAGGAGUAUUUGGAUAAAGAUUCGUUGGACAAUUGGAAUAAGUCUUUGGUUGAAUCAGCUUGUUCAGCUGUCAAAAAAUAUGAAUCUAUUUGUAUCGUAUCCGACUAUGCCAAGACAUCCUUCGCUGCGACCCUUCGCAGAAGGUUAAGAAUAUUCACGGCCCGUAUAACGGAGACAUUUUUUGUCGAUAUAGAAACACAUCACACACACAGCUUCAGUAACAAUAGCAGUGCGAGCGCCAACCAGGUCGCCGCCGGCAUCGUCACCGAGAUCAGGAACAGAGCAGAUCCCUUAUUGACCUGGUUGUCCUGGAGCUCGUGUGUCACUAGCCUGUUCCUAUUGCUUAUCAUAUUUAGAGCUAAAUACUAUCAACAAAUGUACGAAACCCGUUCUAGAUUCGACAACCGUUACGUUACUAAGGAAUUAGGUGAAUUGGAUUUCAAGAGAUAUAUGGACGGGCGUGAAACUGUCCUGCCGCUUAAUAGACGGGAACGCGCCAAAUAUAUAAGUAUUAUGUCGUACAGAUUGAUAGCGACGGAGAAGAUAUAUCUAACUAGAUCCAUUGUAUUUAUGACGAUAACAACAUUCAAACUAUUGAUACACAUGGUCGCGGAUUACAGUCUCUAUUGGAUACUUAUGACUAUAAGAUACCACGGACGAUUCCAAUCUCAGAUCCCGCCUGGUCCAUCGGAUGGUGGCGUCCAUAUAUCUGGUACAGGAUUCGUCUCCGAUUUGAUCAGAUCGCUGUUCGACGCCAUGACGACGCCAUUGACGUCUCAUUUACCCUCGCCCGUCACUUGCCUGCCCAAUCCGCAUCCGCCUGAUUUCAAGCGUUAUACGCAGAUAGUGGUUCUUAUACUGCUGCUAUGGUUUUUCUCGCUCUUGGAGCCCUAUGGCUUGAGACUUCGCCACGUGAUCAUGGGCCACUAUAGACCGGAGCGGGCUAAGGCCAGGGCUGUCUGGCUCUACAACCACAUAUUGAGAACAAGGGCUAGUUUUAUGAAGUUGGCCAGAAGGAAGCUUCAUAGAGAAUAUAAAUAUGCUUCCCAAGAAAAUAUGACAUUGAGACAUUUGAUUAAUUCUUAUAUACCAUGGCGUUGUUUUAAAUAUUUUUUGAAAAAAUUACCCAAUAGCCCACAAUGUCUUUUAUGUAACACGCUCGAAGACUUGAAGGACGCGGAUACUAAACUAAUAAGUUGCGAAACAAAUCGUUGUCCCGGGGUAUAUUGCUUAAGUUGUUUCUCGGACAUUGGGAAACUCUGUACAAUUUGCCUAUCACCGGCUGAUUAUGGUGACAUGAGUGACGUUAGUUUAGAAAAUGGUUCUUCUGAUGACAGUAGCGAUAGCGAAGGUAAUAGAGAUGACUUGAGACUUAACAGAAUUAAUAAUGAUGAAAGAACGGCUUUAAUAAGGAAAACCAAAGAAAACUAUAAAGAGUUAAACAUUUACAAGAAUAAAGGGGGCCAAUAUGAUGCAUGUAAUUUUUCGAGCGGUGACGAGACUUACACGAAAUAUCUAAAUCCUACAUUAAAUUAUUACUAUUCCCAAGAUUACGUAAAGGAUAUUAAGACAGACGAUGAUAUCAAGAAUGAGAACAGCAACAAAGAUGUCAUUGGUGAAGUAAAUCACUAUGAACACAGAAAACGAAAAUCUUUCAAAACUUUGACCAGAAAAAGAAGUGUUUCGAGAAAUCAAAGGCAUAAAAACCGGCGCAAAGUACCUCGACAUUAUAAAAAGCUCAGGUUCAAAAACGUUAAUCAGACAAUCCUCUGUCGUUUACUCCUUCGUGUUACGCAAUUUUUAAAAAUUAACAGCUGUAGAUUCUGUAUGAACAUUUACGAUGUACGAAGGAAAGCGAGAUACAUAGAAAUAAACAAAAAGACGCAUACAAGAAAAAUAAACAAAAAUGUCCCAAAGAACUGGAAGAGUGUUAAAAGAUGCAAAACAGGAAUUAAAAUUAUACGUAGAAGUCCGUCUUUGAAGGUGUUAUAUAUAAAACAUUCUAAGUUAUCAAAUGUUGUAAACGGUAGUCUGUUUGUGAAUUCAAGCAACAAAAUAGAUAUUACACAAAAACAGAAUAAAGGCGGUGAAGCAAAGAAAAAUAAAAAUAAGAAAUCGAAAAACGCGCCCAAGGAAGGAAAAAACGGCGCUGACAAAGACAACGGCUGUCGAAGCGUGAAAAAAAUGUGCAAAAUAUGCUCAUCCUGUUUUACAUAUAUAAAACUGGGCGUGACGCCCUCCAAACAGAUGUUGCGUCACUUAAAAAAUAAUAAGGAACCGUACACGAGCAACAAAUCAAAUUUUAAACGCAGGAAAAAAGACGGGAAUCGCCUCAAGGCGGGGAACGACAAAAUGGACGAAUGUGAGAGUACUAGGAACUAUAGAAUAUCUACGUACCUGUUUGAAAACUGUUGGAUAAAAGACAGAAAUGAUAAAGGCAAUAGAAAUGAAAGGAUGCUCCAAGUGGCCGCAGUUAAAACGGACAAAGACAGAGAAUUUUCAAAUAAAAAUCCCAUGAAAUCCUGUAAAUGUCUGUGUAAUUUUAAUGACUGCACGUGUACGAGGAAAGCUGAUAGUUUCGGUAAAAAACGUUUGUCAAGUUUUCGCAAAAGGAUUUACUGCAGCAAUGACGCGAAGAAGUCAAAUCCACUCUUGAAAACUGAUGAUGGAAGGGAUAAGAACAGCAAGUUACACCCGAAUCCCGUCGAUCCGAAUAUAACGAGAAGAAUGGACUAUUAUCGUUCUCUAGGAAUUACUGAUUUCGUAGAUCCAAGUGAUAAACCCAAUCAAGAGUUUCCUCACCAAAACAACGUUCCUGCUGAAAUGCCAAAAAAAUUAAGCACAGAGAAUUCGCCCGCAAGCAAUCAAAGUAAAGCCAAUUUUGAAUUCGACAGAUUGUCGACGUCUUUGAAGUCUUUUAAAAUUAAGGAGCUCAAGUUGGGCAUAUCAGAGAGAUUCCUACACCUACGAAUACGAAAUCCAUUUCCUGUAAUGCGAGACUUGUAUGCACAUAUCCUCGAGACCACGAAGAAGGAGAAGAGAUCGCAACAGAAGAUCACAGUCGAGAAAGGUGUUUUGGCUCUACCCGCAGUUGAAUCUCAAUCCUGCCAAUGCGAUUGUAAAAUUAACAAAGUUGUGAACCGAACGACUCAAAUACACGGAAGGAACAAAGUUAUAAAACCGCGCGUACUCAUAUCUCAAAAACAAACGACAGACGUAGCAAUUGAUGUUAAACAAACGACUUGCACUUGUGCAACCCAAUAUCAAGCAACCAAGGAAGACAAGUGCUGUAGUUGUAUACAGAUCAAUGUCAAAGGAGGGGACACUGCAAACGUUGAUGAAACACCUGAAUCUCUAAUAUCCGAGAGCACGGAAAGUUUAUGUUCUCAAAGUGAAGGAACAAAAACGGAUACUACCAUAUGUAGCAGAGUUGCUAUCAACUACGAAGAGACACCGCGUGUUAGAAACAAAGCUGGGAGAAGAGUACACGUUGUGACUAAAGCCAAUCAGGCCACAACGACGGAUAAGGCUGAGGUGUGCGACGUUAGUACCUUAACCAAUGACUGGUGGAGUCCCAUAGAAGAAAGGAAAGUAGCGAAGCAAAACAAGUACAGAGAAGCCAGCAGAAAGAAAACACCAUGUACGAAGCACAAAGGAAUUUCCACAGGCGAUGGAAGGAUAGUCAAAUUCAAAAGCGAAGCGCAGAUUAUUCCAUCGGUUUCAGAUUCAGAAGACAUUCUUUCACCUUCUCGAUAUUUAUUAGAAUCCCAGAGAUACUACAAUGAACUAUUCUCAUCAAAAAUUUACUCGCCUCGUGUUUUUCCCGCGAUAUUUCUGAAGGCUAAGAAAUGCGGAAAAAGUAUCUCAUCAAAGGAUAGUAUUAUGACGCUAAGAAAAUGCAAUAUAAAAAGUAAAGGUAAACCUAAAAGAUUAGACAAAAGAGGUUCGCUGUCAUUUAAACCGAAAAUUGGAAGAGCUAGAUCAGAUGAAUCAAGUUUCGAACGCUGACUAUUUGUCAACAAUUUAAUAGAUAAAAAACCGGUAAUAACAAUAUGAGUUACCGUUUUUUAUAUAUUAAUAGCAUAAUAUUUUUUUUAAUCUAAUUUUGCAGUUUUGAGUGGAAACUGAAUGAAGGUAGAGGAUGAGAUUGUAAUUAUUUUUGUUAUGUAAUUUUUUUUUGUUUUUGUUUUACCUAUCGACAAUUUUCGCUCAUCUGUAUGAUAAUUGUGUUCUGUUAUAAUAAAUAUGAAAAAUAA